CCUGUCCUCCCCAGGCUGGUGGGCCAGGCUGUGGUGCCCACCUGGUGAUGCAGGGCAAGGACCCCUGCACAAGCCACUGAGAGCUCCGAAAACGCCCCCGGCCGCUGCCAUGGCCCGCCUGGCCGCCGUGCUGUGGAGCCUCUGCAUCACCGCCGUCCUGGUCACCUCGGCCACCCAAGGCCUGAGCCGGGCUGGACUCCCAUUCGGGCUGAUGCGCCGGGAGCUGGCAUGCGAAGGCUACCCCAUUGAGCUGCGGUGCCCAGGCAGUGAUGUCAUCAUGGUGGAAAACGCCAAUUACGGACGCACAGAUGACAAGAUCUGCGACGCUGACCCUUUCCAGAUGGAGAACGUGCAGUGCUACCUGCCGGAUGCCUUCAAGAUCAUGUCGCAGAGGUGUAAUAACCGCACCCAGUGCGUGGUGGUUGCCGGCUCCGACGCCUUUCCUGACCCCUGUCCUGGGACCUACAAGUACCUGGAGGUGCAGUACGACUGUGUCCCCUACAUCUUCGUGUGCCCAGGGACCCUGCAGAAGGUGCUGGAGCCCACCUCCACGCACGAGUCAGAGCACCAGUCCGGUGCAUGGUGCAAGGAUCCACUGCAGGCGGGGGACCGCAUCUACGUCAUGCCCUGGAUCCCCUACCGCACGGACACGUUGACCGAGUAUGCCUCCUGGGAGGACUACGUGGCAGCGCGCCACACCACCACCUACCGCCUGCCCAACCGCGUGGACGGCACUGGCUUUGUGGUCUACGACGGCGCUGUCUUCUACAACAAGGAGCGCACACGCAACAUUGUCAAGUACGACCUGCGCACACGCAUCAAGAGCGGGGAGACCGUCAUCAACACGGCCAACUACCAUGACACCUCGCCCUACCGCUGGGGAGGCAAGACUGACAUCGAUCUGGCCGUGGACGAGAAUGGGCUGUGGGUCAUCUAUGCCACUGAGGGCAACAAUGGGCGGCUGGUGGUGAGCCAGCUCAACCCCUAUACGCUGCGCUUCGAGGGCACGUGGGAAACAGGAUACGACAAGCGCUCAGCGUCCAACGCCUUCAUGGUGUGCGGUGUCCUCUACGUGCUGCGCUCGGUCUAUGUGGAUGACGACAGUGAGGCAGCUGGCAACCGCGUGGACUACGCCUUCAACACCAAUGCUAACCGCGAGGAGCCGGUCAGCCUGGCCUUCCCCAAUCCCUACCAGUUCGUCUCCUCUGUGGACUACAACCCGCGCGACAACCAGCUGUACGUCUGGAACAACUACUUCGUGGUGCGCUAUAGCCUGGAGUUUGGACCUCCGGACCCCAGUGCCGGCCCAGCCACUUCCCCGCCCCUCAGCACGACCACCACAGUCCGGCCCACACCCCUCACCAGCACGGCCUCACCUGCAGCCACCACCCCACUCCGCCGGGCACCCCUCACCACACACCCGGUGGGUGCCAUCAACCAGCUGGGACCUGACCUGCCUCCAGCCACAGCCCCAGCCCCCAGUACCCGGCGGCCCCCAGCCCCUAAUCUGCACGUGUCUCCAGAGCUCUUCUGUGAACCGCGAGAGGUGCGGCGGGUCCAGUGGCCGGCCACCCAGCAGGGCAUGCUGGUGGAGAGGCCCUGCCCCAAGGGGACUCGAGGAAUUGCCUCCUUCCAGUGUCUACCAGCCCUGGGGCUCUGGAACCCCCGGGGCCCUGACCUCAGCAACUGCACCUCCCCCUGGGUCAACCAGGUGGCCCAGAAGAUCAAGAGCGGGGAGAAUGCAGCCAACAUUGCAAGUGAGCUGGCCCGCCACACCCGGGGCUCCAUUUAUGCGGGAGACGUGUCUUCCUCCGUGAAGCUGAUGGAACAGCUGCUGGACAUCCUGGAUGCCCAGCUGCAGGCUCUGCGGCCCAUUGAGCGCGAGUCGGCUGGCAAGAACUAUAACAAGAUGCACAAGCGGGAGAGAACCUGCAAGGACUACAUUAAGGCUGUGGUGGAGACAGUGGACAACCUACUGCGGCCAGAGGCUCUUGAGUCCUGGAAGGACAUGAAUGCCACAGAGCAGGUGCAUACAGCCACCAUGCUCCUGGACGUACUGGAGGAGGGUGCCUUCCUGCUGGCUGACAAUGUCAGGGAGCCGGCCCGCUUUUUGGCUGCUAAACAGAAUGUGGUCUUGGAGGUCACGGUUCUGAACACAGAGGGCCAAGUGCAGGAGCUGGUGUUCCCCCAGGAGUACCCGAGCGAAAACUCCAUCCAGCUGUCAGCCAACACCAUCAAGCAGAACAGCCGCAAUGGGGUGGUCAAAGUUGUCUUCAUCCUCUACAACAACCUGGGUCUUUUCCUGUCCACUGAGAACGCCACAGUGAAGCUGGCGAGCGAAACGGGCGCGGGCAGCCCAGGGGGCACCUCCCUGGUGGUGAACUCACAGGUCAUUGCAGCCUCCAUCAAUAAGGAGUCCAGUCGUGUCUUCCUCAUGGACCCUGUCAUCUUUACUGUGGCCCACCUGGAGUACCAGGGCCGCAUCAACGAGCUGCUGCUGUCAGUCAUCACCUGGGUAGGCAUCGUGAUCUCCCUGGUCUGCUUGGCCAUCUGCAUCUCCACCUUCUGCUUCCUGCGGGGACUGCAGACUGACCGCAAUACCAUCCACAAGAACCUGUGCAUCAACCUCUUCCUGGCUGAGCUGCUCUUCCUGGUUGGCAUAGACAAGACUCAGUAUGAGAUUGCCUGCCCCAUCUUCGCUGGCCUGCUGCACUACUUUUUCCUGGCUGCCUUCUCCUGGCUGUGCCUGGAGGGUGUGCACCUCUAUCUGCUGCUGGUAGAGGUGUUUGAGAGCGAGUACUCCCGCACCAAGUACUACUACCUAGGUGGCUACUGCUUCCCAGCCCUGGUGGUAGGCAUCGCAGCUGCCAUUGACUACCGCAGCUAUGGCACCGAGAAGGCUUGCUGGCUCCGAGUGGAUAAUUAUUUCAUCUGGAGCUUCAUUGGGCCCGUCUCCUUUGUUAUUGUGGUGAACCUGGUGUUCCUCAUGGUGACCCUGCACAAGAUGAUCCGGAGCUCAUCUGUGCUCAAGCCUGACUCGAGUCGCCUAGACAACAUUAAAUCCUGGGCCCUGGGGGCCAUCGCGCUGCUCUUCCUGCUGGGCCUCACCUGGGCUUUCGGCCUCCUCUUCAUCAAUAAGGAGUCGGUAGUCAUGGCCUAUCUCUUUACCACCUUCAACGCCUUCCAGGGGGUCUUCAUCUUCGUCUUUCACUGCGCCUUACAGAAGAAGGUGCACAAGGAGUACAGCAAGUGCCUGCGACACUCCUACUGCUGCAUCCGCUCCCCGCCCGGGGGCGCUCAUGGCUCGCUUAAGACCUCAGCCAUGCGGAGCAACACCCGCUACUACACAGGGACCCAGAGCCGAAUCCGGAGGAUGUGGAAUGACACCGUGAGGAAACAGACAGAAUCUUCCUUCAUGGCGGGUGACAUCAACAGUACCCCCACCCUGAACCGAGGUACCAUGGGGAACCACCUGCUGACCAACCCCGUGCUCCAGCCUCGUGGUGGCACUAGCCCCUACAACACCCUCAUCGCCGAGUCAGUGGGCUUCAAUCCCUCCUCACCCCCUGUCUUCAACUCCCCAGGGAGCUACCGGGAACCCAAGCACCCCUUGGGAGGCCGGGAAGCCUGCGGCAUGGACACACUGCCCCUCAACGGCAACUUCAACAACAGUUACUCCUUGCGAAGUGGGGAUUUCCCUCCAGGGGAUGGGGCACCUGAGCCACCCCGAGGCCGGAACCUGGCAGAUGCUGCUGCCUUUGAGAAGAUGAUCAUCUCAGAGCUGGUGCACAACAACCUGCGGGGUGGCAGCAGCGGGGCCAAAGGCCCUCCACCACCUGAGCCCCCGGUGCCACCUGUGCCGGGGGGUGGCAGUGAGGAAGAGGCUGGUGGGCCCGGGGGUGCUGACCGGGCGGAGAUUGAACUUCUCUACAAGGCCCUGGAGGAGCCACUGCUGCUGCCCCGGGCCCAGUCGGUGCUGUACCAGAGCGAUCUGGACGAGUCGGAGAGCUGCACAGCAGAGGACGGGGCCACCAGCCGGCCCCUCUCCUCCCCUCCGGGCCGGGACUCCCUCUAUGCCAGUGGGGCCAACCUUCGGGACUCGCCCUCCUACCCGGACAGCAGCCCUGAGGGGCCCAGUGAGGCCCUGCCCCCACCCCCACCCGCGCCCCCUGUCCCCCCUGAAAUCUACUACACCUCGCGCCCACCAGCCUUGGUGGCCCGAAACCCCCUGCAGGGCUACUACCAGGUGCGGCGGCCCAGCCACGAAGGCUAUUUGGCAGCCCCAGGCCUUGAGGGGCCAGGGCCUGAUGGGGAUGGGCAGAUGCAGCUGGUCACCAGCCUCUGAGGGACCUCAUGGACCGGGGGCCGGUAGCCCAGGCCAGGGAGGGAACCCUGAGUAGGGCUCUGAGGGGAUAGGGAGACUGAAGGAGGCAGUGGCUGGUGGGCCACUCUCCAGGCAUCCCUUGUAUGAGGGCCCUCAAGGCCUCUUGGGGGCCCUGCUGUGGGGACCUGAGGUGCAGGGUUCACAGACAGGGUUUCCCACCAGCCACACGCACCAGCUUACUUUGGGGGAAGUGCCAUGAGGAGGAACCCAGAGGUCCCAAGGGGAAUAAGGAAGGAGAAAUUGGAAGGGUACAUCUCACUCUUGACUUCCCCCUCCCCGCUGCUCUUCCUAUCUGCUGAGAGACAUGAGGGCUUUGGUGUUCCCUGGACCAAA